GCGACGAUGCCAAUAGGGCUAGGCGAAUCGCUAUCUAAUUAAACCCCUACCACGUAAUCCCAACGACACCAUCCCCCCCCCUCCUUAAAUCCACUACAGCACGCGCCACGGAGACGGAGCGGGGAGAGUGUGUGCUGCACGCGAGAGAGAGGAACGUAUUUGUACUGCCGCCUUCAGUCCGCUACUGCUGCCUUCACCGACCUGACUCGCACGCGGGGCGUUGAUGUGGAUGCACGGUGGUUAACAUGUAUUGUCUGUGCUCGGCAGCAGUAGCAAAGCAGCAGUAGCUCCAGCCCAGUGGUACAGGUUUUCCGUUGCAGCAUAGCGGAGUUUUCCCCACAGGCUACCGAGGACAGAGGGAGACAGAACAGGACAACACAGCACACAGAGCAUCUCUUCUCGGCUCUUUUCCUCCUUCCUUCCUCCUUCAUCCUCCUGCAUCUUCCUCCACAUCGGCCAGUGAUUCGAAACGGAGCCCUCUCUUUAACCGCGGCUCAGCGCGGGCCACGGCGCGUGCCAUUGUUGAUCAGGAAAUCCGUGCGGUUUCCUCGGCGGCAAAGCAGGUUUUUUUCCAAAGCGCAAAAGGAAAAUCGGCGACAACAGAACCACCAUCCCGGCUGGUGCUGCCUGUGAACUGGUUCUGAAGCUGCUAGGGUUGCCGCGGACACCAAGAGCAUCCUGUCCCGUCAUUGGCCAUGGGGAAACAGAACAGCAAACUGCGGCCAGAGAUGCUCCAGGACCUCCGUGAGAACACGGAGUUCUCCGACCACGAGCUGCAAGAGUGGUACAAGGGCUUCCUGAAGGACUGCCCCAGCGGCAACCUCAACGUGGAGGAGUUCAAGAAGAUCUAUGCCAACUUCUUCCCGUACGGCGACGCCUCCAAGUUCGCCGAGCACGUCUUCCGCACGUUCGACACCAACGCCGACGGCACGAUAGACUUCCGGGAGUUCAUCAUCGCGCUGAGCGUGACGUCACGUGGCAAGCUGGAGCAGAAGCUCAAGUGGGCGUUCAGCAUGUACGACCUGGAUGGCAAUGGCUACAUCAGCCGCGAUGAAAUGCUGGAGAUAGUACAGGCGAUCUACAAAAUGGUGUCCUCUGUGAUGAAGAUGCCAGAGGACGAGUCUACGCCAGAGAAGAGGACAGACAAGAUCUUCAGACAGAUGGACCUCAACAACGACGGUAAAUUGUCUCUUGAAGAGUUCAUCAAAGGUGCCAAAAGCGACCCCUCCAUCGUCCGGCUAUUGCAGUGCGACCCCAGCUCAGCCUCUCAGUUCUGAGGCCACUUCAGAAGCACCCCCCCCCCCCUGCCGCCCCCCCCAACCCAAUCCCCAAGCAAUCCAGCCCAGCCUGCCCCCCACCCAAAACCCCUCUGCCCAGCCCCAUCUCGUUGCUAUGGAAACAGUCACUAAUCAAUGCAUGAUGGGUUCUUGUUUCUUUUUGAUCUCUUUUUGUAAUGUACAAGACAGAGGAAGAAAUUAUAUAUAUAUACAUAUAUAUGUAUCGGUUUACUUAAGGAAAUAUUGGGAUUUGCGUUUCCGUGCAACAUAAGGCAACUUAAGAAAAGGACAUGGACAGUUACUGAGGCAUGCUAUGGUCUCUCGUCCUCCAUCUCUCCCUCUCUCCCUUUAGUCCUGCAUUCAUUUUUUUCAUGCUGUCUGUCUCUCUCUCCCCCCGUCACACUUCUUUUUCACUAUACCGCCAUUCCAGGCAAAGUCCACUGGCAAACACAGGAUACAAAAUCUGUUGUUUAUAUUUUUAGUUAGAUUUCUUUGCUUCUGGGGAAUAUGCCAAUACAUGGCCCAAUAGGUGUUUACAAUACACACACAAUGCUGUUUUAUCUUCCAAGGCAAGCCUUUCCUUGCCACUUUUGGAUCCAUGAAUCCAAACAUUUUAUUAAAAAUAACAAAAAAUGUGUGGCAUAAAUAUGGCAGUGGUAUGUAGCAUAGUUUUCCGAGUGCAGCUCGUAACUGCAUUCCCCUUACCCGGGAGAAGAUUGGAUUUUCCAGCUGAAUGAUCUUUCAACGAGGAAAAGAGGGCCUGAAGAUCCCAUUGGAAAGUUUUUAAGGGAUGUUGAUUAAUACUUUAAGUACAUUUAUUUGUGGUUUUAUGUUGCUGUUUUUUUACUAUUAUUUGUACUGUUUCAUUUUCGUCCUUUUAUUUAUUUGUUUUCAUUAUUAGGUUUUGGCAUAGAUAUUUUUCUUUAAGGUGACCUUGUCUCAGUUCUCUGACAACAGGAAACGAUUGACAAAGAGGGAAAGACUGAACUCUUUUUCAUUCAUGAAAUUGUCAAAAUGUGGCUGAUGUAUCACAUGUCAGUAUUGUUAGAAAGGUGAGGAUUUUUUGGGGAGAAAAAUGUAUCAGGAGAUUCCGUAAUGCAUUUGAUCAGUAGCACAUAUCAUUUGAGCUGUGUGUUUGUAAAGUAUGGUUGUGUUUAAAAUUGUGUGUCUGUGUGUACGCAUGUGAAUAUGCACUGAAUGCUCAAGGCUGACUUUUACAGUAUUAUCAUGUUGUAUUGUUUCUUGAUUUGUAAGUAUUUUAAAGUUAUUUGAGUAGUAAACUAAAUUAGUUGUAACUUCUCACAACUGCAUGAUCCUUUGACAAAAAUGAAGAAGAACAAAGAUAAAAAACAGCUACUGCACAGCUGUUUUCUCUUUCUAGCUCUGCAUUAUCUUAAGCACUGUACCAGGCACUGAAAACGAUAACAUGUUAUGCUUUGGGGCAGAGAAAACCACAACCCCUCGCUUUCCACUGACAGACAGAACUUGAUAAGGGCUCCUACGUCACUUCCCUGUAGCCUUUUUGUAGGCCUGGCAUAAUAGACCCUUUCCACAGGAGGUGUUUUCCUAGGAUUACACAGGUGCACCUUAUAACACUCAUUGUGGAACUGCUCCUUGCCCCUCGUAGAAGACUUAUCCUCACUAGUUUAGUCCUCUACCCGGGCCAUGGUUCAUAGUAGUUUAUAAUUAGUGUUUUGAGAGACACCUGUGUGGCUCUUAUGACGACCCCUAUUCACCAGCGUCCGGCUGCUGACUAAGGAGUUUAAUGAGGCGAUUUUAUUUAAUGUAAUAAAUGCUAUCGUUACCCAUUUGCUCCGCGUAUGUUGUCGGGUAAAGGUGUUUUCAACCUGCUAGUUGUAGCGACCCGAAUAGAAAUCGAAGAUGCAGAUUGUUGUACCGACUCGGACCGGGUUGAGCUUCCUGCCAGUUAUACCUUUGCUUUUGAGAUCCACGUAGUGUCACUCUCCUCUGCUGGCAGGAUUAGGAACAACAGUUCUGCCUUUCGCCUAUUUACUGAAUAUUUUCUAUUCUCGCAGCCUCUGGUACCUAGUGUUGGAUAACAGCCUUCUUUAUCCCUGUACCUUACUUCCUUUCUUCUGUUGCAUGAAAACCACACAUGAGGAUGUCAUGGUUGUUCUGUUGGACAAAAUAUACCUGAUGUGUUUCAAAGAUAAAACGCGUGGGUGUUUUUUCAAAAUGUAUUUACUGUACUGUUGACGAGCGAAAAACUGACGAGCAGUUAGUAAUAAAAUUGUAUUUUGAUCA